AUGUUGAGCCGAUUCAUGAGUGGCAGCAUAAGGAAUCUCGAGAGGGAAUACAACUGCACCGUCAGACUGCUGGACGACACGGAGUAUACGUGCACCAUCCAGCGGGAUGCAAAGGGACAGUACCUGUUUGACCUCAUCUGCCACCACCUCAACCUGCUGGAGAAAGACUACUUUGGGAUCAGAUAUGUGGACCCUGACAAACAGCGGCAUUGGUUGGAGUUUUCAAAGUCAAUUGCCAAGCAAAUGAAAUCCCAGCCGCCUUUCACCAUGUGUCUGAGAGUCAAGUUCUACCCUCCCGAUCCCGCUGCUCUCAAGGAGGAAAUCACACGGUAUCUAGUCUUCCUGCAAAUCAAGAGAGAUCUUUACCACGGCCGGCUCCUGUGUAAAACAUCGGACGCGGCCAUGCUGGCUGCCUACAUCCUCCAAGCUGAAAUCGGCGAUUAUGACCCCGGGAAGCAUCCUGAAGGCUACAGCUCCAAAUUCCAGUUCUUUCCCAAGCACUCGGAGAAGCUGGAGCGGAGGAUUGCGGAUAUUCACAAGACGGAGCUGAUAGGCCAGACGCCUGAAACGUCGGAGCUGAAUUUCCUCCAGAAGGCCCAGAUGCUGGAGACAUAUGGCGUGGACCCUCACCCGUGCAAGGAUGUGUCAGGAAACCCAGCUUUCCUCGCCUUCACGCCCUUCGGCUUCGUGGUGCUACAGGGAAACCGGAGGGUUCACUUUCUCAAGUGGAACGAGGUGACCAAGUUGAAGUUUGAAGGCAAGACGUUCCACGUAUAUGCAAAUCAGAAGGAGCAGAGCCAGGAGGAUGCCCGCGUGCUCUGCGGGCGAGUGGCAAAGGAGGUGAUGGAGCAGAGCGCCAAGAUCAAACGAGAGCCUCCAGAAAUACACAGGGCUGGUCUGGUGCCCAGUAGAAGUUGCCCGUCCAUCACCCACGGCCCACGCCUCAGCAGUGUACCACGCACCCGCCGGAGAGCUGUCCACAUAUCCAUCAUGGAGGGCCUGGAGUCAUUGCGCGACAGCGCCCAUUCCACACCGGUGCGCUCUGUGUCCCACGGGGACACCUUCAUGCCGCGUUCCCGGAGCCACGCCGCCGACGUCAGCGACGGGACGGCGGUGAUCUCCGACGAGGCCUACAGCCCCUCCGACAGCGUCCUCCCCACCCCGGUGGCCGAGCACGGCAUGGAGCUGACCAUCUCGCGCCAGACCAACGGCGCGCCCUGCAGUAUCGAGGAGGAAAAGGAGUCCGAGGCGGGCACCCCCACGGCCGGGGAAGGGGGCGAUUUGGGUGCGGACGGUAGAGCGGCUCUAGAGGGUGCGGGGGGGGACUCGGCUCUCAGCGAGGUGGAACAGGUGAAUAAGUUUGUCUUAAGUGUCCUCCGUUUGCUCCUUGUGACCAUUGGACUCCUCUUUGUCUUGCUCCUCCUCCUCAUCAUCCUCACCGAGUCAGACCUUGACAUUGCAUUUUUACGCGAUAUCCGCCAGACGCCCGAGUUUGAGCAGUUCCAUUACGAAUACUUUUGUCCCCUCAGGCGGUGGUUUGCCUGCAAGCUCCGCUGGGUGGGCGGUUUGCUCAUUAACAAGGGAGAGUGA